AUGGCAGGCUACAGCGUCAACAAAUUGGGAUGGCUGAUUUUGGGCUCGAUAACUGCGAGCCAUGCAUUUGAUCCGUUGCAGCAUCUAGGUGCCAAUUCUCCGUGGUUCGCUGGCCCCAAUGUCAACAAGAUCUCGUCCUCCGUUCCUGAGGGCUGUUCAGUUGAUCAAGCCGUGUACGUUGUUCGCCAUGGGAGUAGAUAUCCAGACCCAGGAGCCUAUGCCGAAUGGCAGGCUCUCCAUAAAGCGUUCCAAUCUGCCGAUUUCCAGGCAAAAGGGUCUCUGAGCUUCAUCUCCGAUUGGAGCCCUGUUCUCAGAUAUCCGGAGGAAGAAAUCGCCCAGGUGUCCAUCACUGGGUACAAGGAACUGUAUAACCUGGGAGUUGACCUCCGCUUUCGCUAUCCUGAUUUCUACAAAGACAAUACCCCGUUCUUGCUGUGGGCGAACGACUAUCAGCGGACUAUUGAUUCUGCGAGACUGUUCGCCCGAGGCUAUCUCGGACCUAAUGCCUCGUAUGGGGAUAUCCAUGUGGUUAAUGCGGACGCGGCCGCCGCUACGGGCAAUUCGCUGGCAACAUCGGACAUGUGCCCGAAUUUCAAGGACGUCAGCGGCGGCGAGUAUGCGGCCACUUGGGAUGAUAUCUACCUUCCUCCGAUCACCAAGCGACUGAACAAGUUGAUCUCGGGGAACCUAACUCUCACCGACAGCCAAGUGUCCAUCUUCCCGUACCUGUGCGGGUUCGAGACGCAGAUUACCGGUCGGGUCAGCCCGUGGUGUGAUGUCUUCAAAGAAAAGGAGAUUCUCCAGUACGAGUAUCGCCAGGAUCUGCGGUACUACUAUGGCACCGGCGCUGGUGCAGGCAAGAACAUGACGGUCAUGAUGCCGGUGCUGCAAGGCAUUGUCGAUCUGCUGCAGGAAGGCCCUGGAGUGACAGCCAACACUACGGACGGGACGACUGAAUUGCCUCGGCUGAUUGUGGCCUUUACGCACGACAACCAGAUCAAUGAACUUGCCUCGGUUCUGGGGGUGUUCGACGAGCAGAAGGCCCUUGCCGCUGACAAGAUGGACAAAGACCGGCUCUUUGUGAGUAGUCAUGUUUCACCGAUGCGUGGAACCAUUGCAUUCGAACGGCUGGCAUGUAGCAGCCAGGGGAAGGAUUCGACCAACGUGCGGAUUCUCCUGAACGACGCAGUCUAUCCGGUGCCGUCUUGUCACUCUGGCCCAGGACGCAGUUGUCCUGUGGAUGAAUAUGUGAAGCAUGUCUCGCAGAAGAAGGAGCAAUAUGGGUCUUUUGCUGCUGUGUGUGGGCUUCCAGAGCAAAAUGUCACCACUGCCGCGUCUACUGGGGCCGUCACUUUCUUCACUGAUCUGACCCUACCAUUUAUGCGGAUUGUGAAGCCAUAG